AUGUUCCAGUCUUAUCCAAUGACAAAAUUUGGUCAACAAAACCGUAGUUUUAAUGCAUCAUAUUACGACUGCUUUGAAUGGCUUGAAUAUAGUAUCAUCAAUAACGCUUUGUACUGUUUUGCUUGUCGUAUUUAUGGUUCUGGGAACAAUACCGAAGAUACAUUUACCAAAAUUGGUUUUAAAAAAUGGAAUAAAUUUAGUGGUUCAAGAGGAUCUAAAAAAGGCCAAGGUAGACUUCAUGCUCAUGCAACAACAAAAUAUCAUCUGACUAAUAAAAAAUGGCAGUCACAUAAAGACAUUGAAAAAACUGGUAGUGUAAUGGCACAGGUUUCUACUCAACAUAAGCUACUUAUUGAGAGUAAUCGUAGAUAUAUAAGAACUUUAUGUGAAGUGACACUGUUUUUGUGCAGACAAGGUCUAGCAUUUAGAGGCCACAAUGAAGCUCCCAGCUCCAUGAAUCAAGGAAAUUUUAAAGAAGCCUGUAAUAUGAUAUCUAAAUUAUAUCCGGAAUUUGCCCAGAAAUAUAAAGAGAAAACAAAUUAUACUAGCCAUGGAGUUCAAGAUGAACUUAUUAAUAUUUGUGCAGGUUUAUCAAAAGAUACUAUAAUACAAGAAGUUGAAGAUGUGGGCAUAUUUGGAAUAAUGUGCGAUGAAGCUAGGUAA